GGUGCGCAUGCGCCGCUCGGGGCGCCGCGGCGCUGCAGCAACGGAGCGGCGGCCAAACGGCGGAGCGCACAGAGACCAUGGCUAGAGAUGGCGAGGGGCGCGGGCGGACGGCCGCCACGGCUGCGGAGCCUGGCCUGAGGGAGCGGGGGCCAUAGGAGAGAGCCGCAAAAUAAGAACAACUCAGUAAACCACCAAAAAAAAAAAAAAAAAGAAAAAGAAAAAAGAGAAAUAAUAAUAAUAAUAAUCCAUCCGACCAAGCGCCACCAACCGAGCGGCGACGGCACCGAGAGCCUCCAGAGCCGCCGCGUCCCGCGGGAGGAGCCGGCCCGCGCCCGCCGCAGCGCACACAGCCACACGGAUGUGCGCGGCCCGCGAUGAACGCGCAGCUGGCGAUGGAGAGCAUGGGCGACCUGCACGCGGUGAGCCACGAGCCGGGCGCUGAGCUGCUGGGCGGCCCCGCGCACCCCCGCGCCGCCGCCGUGCCUCCCCGCGGGCACCUGGGCGGCCCCGCGCGGCCCUCGGGCAUGGCGCUGCUGGACGGCGGCGACUUCCACCACCACCACCGCGCCGCCGAGCACGGGCUGGGGGGGCCGCUGCACCCCGCCAUGAGCAUGGGCUGCGAGACGCCCCCCGGCAUGGGCAUGAGCGGCACCUACACCACGCUGACCCCGCUGCAGCCGCUGCCGCCCAUCUCCACGGUGUCGGACAAGUUCCCGCACCACCAUCACCACCACCACCACCACCCGCACCAGCGCCUCCCGGGCAACGUCAGCGGCAGCUUCACGCUCAUGCGGGACGAGCGGGGCCUGGCGCCCAUGAACAACCUCUACGCGCCGUACCACAAGGACGUGGCCGGCAUGGGGCAGAGCCUGUCGCCGCUGUCGGGCUCAGGGCUGGGCUCGGUUCACCGCUCGCAGCAGGCGCUGCCGCACUACGCGCACCCCGGCGCCGCCAUGCCCGCCGACAAGAUGCUGACGCCCACCGGCUUCGAGGCGCCGCACCCCGCCAUGCUGGGCCGGCACGGCGAGCAGCACCUGAGCGCCCCGCCCGCCGGUAUGGUGCCCCUGGGCGGCAUCCCGCACCCCCCGCACGGCCACCUGGGCGCGCAGGGCCACGGGCAGCUGCUGGGCCCCGGCCGGGAGCAGAACCCCGCGGUGGCCGGUUCGCAGGCGGGCGGCGGGAGCAAUUCAGGGCAAAUGGAAGAAAUCAAUACCAAAGAAGUCGCUCAGAGGAUCACCACCGAGCUCAAGCGGUACAGCAUCCCCCAGGCCAUCUUCGCCCAGCGGGUGCUGUGCCGCUCCCAGGGGACACUGUCGGAUCUGCUGAGGAACCCAAAGCCCUGGAGUAAGCUCAAAUCGGGCCGGGAGACUUUCCGCAGGAUGUGGAAGUGGCUCCAGGAGCCCGAGUUCCAGCGGAUGUCUGCUCUGCGGCUGGCAGCGUGCAAGAGGAAAGAACAAGAGCACGGGAAGGACAGAGGGAAUACCCCCAAAAAGCCUCGGUUGGUCUUCACGGAUGUCCAGCGUCGAACUCUACAUGCAAUAUUCAAGGAAAAUAAGCGUCCAUCCAAAGAAUUACAAAUCACCAUUUCCCAGCAGCUCGGGUUGGAGCUGAGCACCGUCAGCAACUUUUUCAUGAAUGCACGGAGGAGGAGUCUGGAUAAGUGGCAAGACGAGGGCAGCUCCAAUUCAGGCAACUCAUCUUCAUCAAGCACUUGUACCAAAGCAUGAAGGAAUUACCACAAACUAAACCUCGGUGGAAAAGCUUUAAAAAUUAAUAAAUAAAUAAAUAAAGACAGACCAGGACCUCAAGAUAGCAGGUUUAUACUUAGAACUAUUUGAAAAAAAAAAAAGUUAUUUAUAAGUCCAAAGAAACCAAAGACUUAUUUCACCUGCAUUAUGACUUUGUUCUAAGACACACGCUUUAGUAGGAUGACAGCUUGCAAAAAAAUAAAGAAGAGAGUGAAAUGGAAUGAACGAAGUGGAACAUGAAGAGAAGAAAAGUAGACCACUGGUCUCACACCUUCACCCAUGAUCAUCUUCACCGUCCUUGGCUGUGUAAUGGUUUGGAGCAUAGUGAUUUCUUGUCAUUGAAUGGACAUCUUGUCAGAUAUGGCUCUUCAUUUCCACAGCGAUCGCCAUGAAGGUGUGCAGUGUGUCCGUGCUGUGUAAACACCGGUGGUAGGGACUGAGUCAGAGCUGGUUGGCAGAGAGGGUCAUGCGCAGCAUGACCAGCAAGGUGUGGAGUCGUCCGAAUGCAUUUGAAUGGUAGUGUGAUUUUUGCUGUUUUGGUGUUUGAGCUUCCCAGGCGUGAUGCCCGGACAUGAGUUCAAACUAGGCAGAGAAAUUUUGAAUGGUACCUAAACCAGUGCAUUCUCUUUGUUUGUUAAGGAAUGUUCAGAUUUUAAAAAGGGAAACUAUUCCAUCCAUUAAAAAAAAAAAAAAUCGACUAGCUACCAAAGAACACAUAUAAUAAUUAUAUUGCAGGUAUUUUAUUGCAAUGAUUUUAAUAUUCCAAAGCUAUUUUUACACAAAAUACUAUGUAGAGUUAUAGGUAUAAACUAAUCUAACUGUAUAACACAUAAAACUUGUAAUCAAGACUGUUAUUUGCCAUUAGUAAUGUCACAUUCUUGUUUCUUUUCAUGAAUGGCAAGAAAGAAUGGCACAAUGGGGCCGGGGCCCAACACCUGGUCAAUGCUUAUUGAUGUUAGGGAGCUUUUUUUCCUUUAUUUUUAUUUUUAAUUUUUUUAACCUACUGACUUUUCUAGGCAGCGGAAUAGUGAUAUAUGUGAAGACUUGGGGGUCUUUUCCCAUUGAAAGCAGGUAGGACAUUGGGUAGUGUUGAUGGCAGCAGCUCUGGCAGGAGCUCCAGAUGUGCCGUUGGAAAGCCAAGUCAUGGCUCAGCUGAAGCUGAUAGCAGUGUUCUCAUGAUACAGAGGCACAGCCUGUUGUCAUGUGGCUUCAUGGCCAUGUGCAUCAGCUGAGCUUUCUUCCGUGCGUUCUUUCUUGCUCAUCUGUUAAUCUAAAUACUGCAUGAAGUAGUUUAAAAUUCAUAGUUGGAAAGUUUAACUGCUCUGUUGCUAACAGAACCUCCAAAGAUAAACCAUCCCAUCUCUACUCUGAUAAAAG